AUGGACGAGAUCCGCUCUCUCAUCGCCGAUGUACCCGUCGUAUGGCGCGAUUUGGACCACCUCAAGCAGGCGUUUGUGGUGAUUAAAGCCAUCGCCGAUUUCACGUACUGCGGUCUGACACCCUUGCUGUUCAUCAAGACGCAUCUCAGCCUGCGCUCGUUCGUGUUGGUGCCACUGGUCGCAGCAUGCUAUGUGUCGUCCGAUGCUGCCAUGUUCUUUGCGCUGCCCAAGUCGGCUGAUCCAGUACAGGUGUACAUCGGAUUGGCGCUGUGUAGCUACAGCCUCAUCUUCUUCUGGUGGUCGCAAUACACUAUGAAGUCGACACCUGGUCUCACGGGCGCUUUUUCUGACGACGAACCCACCUUUCUGAUCACCCAGGGCCCCUGGGCUUUUGUGAGGAACCCACUGUACUCGGCUUACCUCGCGUCGUUUAUAGCUGGCUUCAUCGUCACCAGCUCUUCCAAUCACCCGGACCACGGGCACACAUUUUUGGUGUCGCAUGCAGGCGGUAUCGCUCUGGCGGCACUGCUCGUUGCCUUCAGCAUCUUCUACCGUGCCAUCAGGGAGGAGGAGGCCAAGUUUAGCUCGAGCAAGCUCAAGACCCAGCAUGAAGCUUACAAGAAGAGGGUGUGGUGCCUAUUACCCCUGACUGACGUUUUUGGUCGCUGA